AUGGACUAUCCUCCUCACCACUACGCUGGCGACGGCGACAAGAAGACCAACACCAACGACGACCUCCGAGGCAAUGUCGCUCUCAACUCGGCCGACGACCUGCUCGGGGCCAUGGGAUACGAGUCGGAGCUGGUCCGGAACCGAUCCACGCUUCAGGUCGCCUUCAUGUCCUUCGUGCUGGCCUCCAUUCCGUACGGUCUCGCGACGACCUUCUACUAUCCGCUGGUCGGGGGGGGCCCCACCACCAUCAUCUGGGGAUGGUUGGCGGUGUCGACCAUCAUCCUCUGCGUCGGCGUGUCCCUGGGGGAGAUCACCUCCGUGUAUCCGACCGCCGGCGGCGUGUACUACCAGACGUUCAUGCUGUCCCCAGCGGGGUGUCGGAAGAUCAUGUCCUGGAUUUGCGGUUGGUCGUACGUGGUGGGAAAUAUCACCAUCACCCUCUCCGUGAACUUCGGGACCACGCUCUUCCUUAUCGGCUGCAUCAACGUGUUCGAAUCCCAAGCGGCCACCGAGACCGCGCCGGCCGUGGGGAUCUGGGAAGCCGAGACGUACCAGAUCUUCUUGACCUUCGUCGCCAUUACGGUCCUCUGUAAUCUGGUCUCCGCUCUGGGGAACCAGUGGUUGCCGUGGUUAGAUACUUUUGCCAUCUUCUGGACGUUCGUCGGUGUCAUCUGCAUCGUCGUCUGUGUCCUGGCCCUGGCCAAAGCCGGUCGACGUGAUGCCGAGUUCGUCUUCACCGAGUUCCAGCCGCAGUCCGGAUGGCCCGACGGGUGGGCAUUCUGUGUAGGGCUCCUCCAAGCCGCCUAUGCGACCUCCUCCACGGGGAUGAUCAUUUCCAUGUGCGAAGAGGUCCAAAACCCCAGCGUCCAAGUCCCUCGCGCCAUGGUCGGGACCAUCAUGCUCAACACGAUCUGCGGCGCCGGGUUCCUCCUCUCCCUCCUCUUCGUCCUCCCCGACAUCACCAUGCUCGCGAAUCUCGCCUCGGGCCAGCCCACCCCCGUCAUCAUCUCCAUGGCCGUGGGCUCCAAGGGCGGCGCCUUCGCCCUACUCGUCCCCCUCAUCGUCCUGGCCAUCUUCUGCGGGAUCGGCUGCACGACCGCCGCAUCCCGCGCCACCUGGGCCUUCUCGCGUGAUGGCGCGAUCCCGGGCUCAAAGUGGUGGAAACAGAUCCACAAGGGCCUGGAUGUCCCGCUGAACGCCAUGUUGCUCUGCACCACCAUCCAGAUCCUCCUCGGGCUCUUGUACUUUGGAUCCUCGGCUGCGUUCAACGCCUUUUCGGGCGUCGGCGUCAUCUGCUUGACCGUCAGCUACGCCGUUCCCAUUGCCGUCUCGCUCAUCGGAGGCCGGUCCCAUAUCAGCAUGGGCAAGUUCGACAUGGGUAAGCUCGGCCUGGUGUGCAACUUUGUGGCGCUUGCCUGGUCUGCUCUCGCCAUCCCGCUCUUCUGCAUGCCCUCGACCAUCCCCGUCGCCGCCGAGACCAUGAACUACGCGUCCGCCGUGCUCGUCGCCUUCUUCCUCGUCGCCGGUCUCUGGUACUUCGUGUGGGGCAAGCAGAACUACGCGGGUCCUCCCGUCCAAGACGACGCGGCGAUCGAUCGCCGGACCUCGCGGAUCUCGAGUGCGCAUCAGCACCCGUUCUAG